UGCAGCAGCAUCGGAGGUCGGCUUCAUACUACUGUGGAUCCACUUUGAGGGCAGUUCAGCUUCUGGUGGGGCUUCGCCUGCUGGUGGGAAGUCCUCUUGGGAUCCAUGCGAUGGACGAGGAGAGCAAUGGCAUGCAGGCCCAGUGCAGCUUCUUUGACACAGUCAAUGUGACUGACUACCCCUCGUUUCCGAAUGGCAGCUACAACUACGAGGGCGUGAUAAUACCCAGUCACUAUGUGGGCACCUUUGACUACAUCUACAAGGAUCUGGUGGAUCGCAUCGACGUGACGCCACAUGUGCGUGGCUGCAUCUGCAAGCUGAAGCCCUGCAUCAACAUUUGUUGUCCUUGGAGUAAGAUCUCCGAUUACACUGAGUGCGAAGAGCAUAGGCAAUCGGCGCAAAUGUGGUCGGAGCCAAUGAUCAGCGUGGCCCACAAAAAUGGAUCAGUUCAGAGUGCGAACAUAUUCGAGCAGUUCGUGGUGAAGAGCUUCAGCCCCUGCCCCGAGAUGUUCUUGCUGUUGCCACAUAUCUACUCCUACGACCGUGCCCAGCUCUACGACGAUGGGCGGCUGUUCCGCGAGGCAGAUGGAUACUUCACCAACGAGUUUUGCUUGAUUCUCACCAACUCGACUGAGUCCUUCUUUCAAGUAGGCCGAAAAAACUGCGACAACUCCCAUCUGGAUGCGACCAUGAAGAUCAUCACUCAGUUUGCUAUGUUCACCUCCAUACCCUUCAUGCUGGCGACCAUAACCGUCUACCUGUUAAUACCCGAACUGUGUAACCAGCAUGGCAAGUCUCUGAUCUGCUAUCUAGUAGGCCUGACCAUUGGCUACUCGGUGAUGUGCCUGGCACUCGUGAGUCGGGUAGAUCCGCUUGGACUGUCCUGCAAAAUGAUUGGCUACACGGCCUACUUCGCCUUCAUGUCCGCCUUCUUCUGGCUGAACGUGAUCAGCUUCGAUCUGUGGCUCAAUUUCCGUGGCACACGCCGCAUUAAUCGAAAGCAGGAGGAGAAACGGUUUCUUCUCUACUCGCUCUACUCGUGGGGCUUGGCUCUGCUCUUCCUGGCCUUCACGAUGCUGGCGCAGGAGUAUUCGGACUGGCCCGAUUACCUGAAGCCAGGAAUAGGUGGGGGGCAGUACUGCUGGCUGGACAUGAACAACUGGUCGGCCAUGCUCUACUUCCUCGGACCCAUCAUGGCUAUCAUUGUGGCCAAUUCAGUGAUGUUCGUGAUGACGGCCAUCAAGAUUCAUGGCGUACAGCGGGAGACGGCGAGGAUCUUUGCUCGCGAGGACAGCACUAGGAGUCUGAACUGCGAUAAGGAUGUCAGCGAAGCUCUCCAUAGUUAAAAGAGUUAUAUUCAAGUUGAAUCCCCCUCCAGGUUCAGCUUGUUUCUGCGCCUGUUUCUCAUCAUGGGCGUCACUUGGUCCUUGGAGAUCAUGUCCUACUUUGUGAACAAUGACGAUGGAUGGAUGAAGUUCUUUUACGUCUCCGAUUUGUGCAAUGCCAUGCAGGGCUUUCUCAUCUUCAUGCUGUUCGUGGUGAAGAAGAAGGUCAAACACUUGAUUACGCAAAGAUGCUCGAGUUGACGCGAAGGAAGUUAUCGGAGUAUGAGUCCAUUUUCCUUUAAGUUCACUAGAGAAACGGCCGA